AUGUCAAGGACUCACAAAGUAGAACUCUAUGUCUAUGACCUUUCCAUGGGUCUUGCAUCCGCCUUCUCUCAACAAUUUACUGGUAAACAUUUUCCUGGCAUUUGGCACACAAGUAUUGUCGUUUAUCAACAAGAAUACUUUUUUGGUGGAGGUGUUCAACGAAUGACUCCACUCACCACUCCGUAUGGACAACCAGUUCGUAUCAUUCAUUUGGGUGAUACUCAAAUCGAUCAAUCACUCUUUGAAGAUUAUGUUCACAAUAUUGGACAAACUCGAUUCCGAAUGGAUCAAUACAAUCUCUUUGAGAAUAAUUGUAAUAACUUUACGAAUGAAUGUGCUAACUUUUUAUUAGGAUCUUCCAUUCCUGAUGAUAUAUUGGGAUUACCACGUGAAUUCUUUCAAACACCAUUGGGUCAAAUGGUAAAACCAAUGAUUGAUCAAAUGAUGGGUGGAAGUGCACAUCCACCAGCAGAAAUGAUGAUGCAACCACCACCACCUUCACCAUUGGGCACUGGUGCUAUGAAUAAUUUGGCUCAAAUGAUGAAUAAUCCACUCGUCUCACAAAUGAUGAAUCAAAUGAUGAAUCAAAUGGGUAAUAUGGGUAAUGCUUUUGGUCCGUUUAACAAUGUCACUUCUCCUACUACUUUUACUUCUACAACAACGAGUGGUGGUAAUACUGGUGGUAAUACUGGUGAUGGACUUGAAAUUUAUCGAUAUAACAAAUCCAAUGUUCCUCAAGUCAUGACCAAAUUGAAAUCAACCAAUGCUCAAUUGGUUGAUGAUAUGAAUGGUGAUACUAGAAUAUUAAAUCAAUUAGAACAAUAUUUACAAUUACCACAUCAACAAGACAAGUCCACUCUCAUUUCAGAUCAAACAUUUAUUGUAUUAGAGAAGUUAUUGAAACAUACCAAAGAAAGUGAUGCAUUUCCAAUUUUAGAUUUAUUAAGAUUACUUGUAUUGACAUCAAAAUAUGCAAAAGAAAUUACCAUUGGAUCACACAAGAAUGUGAUGCAAAUCAUUGAAGAGAGAUUUGUCUCACAAUUUUCAACUUGCUCAAUGCCUACACAAUUAAUGGUUAUGAGAUUGUAUUGUAAUUUAUUUGAUCGAUACUAUCAAUCGAAUACAAGCAUUCCAGACACUGUGCGAUUUAUUAUUGAAGAAAAUGGAGGAUCUGAACAACAUCAACAACAACAACAACAACGAUUAACACGAUUGGUCGAUAUGAUUUCAACAUCACUCACUUCAGAAUUGGAAGGUUUACGUUUAACUGCAACAUCACUCUCAUGUAAUUUAUCAUUGUAUUUACCACAACGAAAUUCAGAUGAAGAGAUUCAAUUAUUGUCAUCCAUGUUAGAAUUUCUUCCCAAUGAGAAGAGUAAGGAUGUUGCAUUCCGCAUGUUAUUAACCAUUUAUAGAAUUAUGAAAGAUUCCAAUAAUAAUGAGGAAAAGAAAGAAAUUGCACGUGCUCUCAUUACAGAUCCUUCUACACUAUUCUCGACUGCACCUGGUGUGAAACAGUUACAAAGUUCUGAAGAAUUGCAAUUACUUGCACAGGUCAAGAAGGUAUUGGGAUUUUAA